AUGGAAGCCCAAUCAGGUCGCAAAAAACCGUAUUCAUCGAAGGGAUGGGAGGGAGAAUUGGCUGACGACUUACUUGGAACGAUGGCAGCAGAAAUCGACGAUGGGAGGACGAAGAUAUCUAAGUUUUUGGCGGAUCUAAUCUUAUCAAUCUCCAAGCGUGGACCAAGCCACCUUUCCCAUUCCAAGCCAAGUCCAUCUUCCCCACGACUGGACUUCUCCGACUCUUCAGAACUUCCUGCAAGCGACCAGUACCAAGUGCCCCAGUCCCCCAAGUCCACCGCGCCUUUGGGUUCCGCUGGAGAUACCGUCUCACAUGCCUGA